UUUAUAAGGACCAAAAUGCAAAAUUGAUUGACCUAAUUUUCGAUUUUCUUGUCAGUCAAGCAGCCACAAGCCGGCAAUCUGAUGAGAUUAACUGUUCCCACUAAAUUUGCUCAGCCUCAAUCCCCGCCCCUUCUCUUCGCCUCCCUCUUUCAACGCUCCACACGGGUGCCUAAUUGGCUAAGUAGAAGGCCUAUCGUGACUGCGAAUAGGAUGGCUUGGGGUUCGGAGAAAUGUGAUGAGAAGACUGUGGAGCAUUCGACAGCGGGAUUAGUGCGGCCGGCAACUGCAGAUUAUGCAGGAGAGGCGAUUCAAGCGGUCAAGACCGGAAAAGUAAUCGCUGUGCCAACUGACACCCUCUAUGGCUUUGCUUGUGAUGCUUGCUCAAUGGAAGCUGUGCACAGGAUAUAUGAGAUCAAAGGCCGAAAGCAUACUAGCCCCCUAGCUAUCUGUGUUGGGGAUGUUCAAGAUAUACAACGUUACGCCACUACUCACCAUUUACCUCUCGGGUUGCUUGAUUCACUGCUUCCUGGACCUGUAACAGUGGUAUUAAGACGAGGGGAUUCAAGCAUCCUUGAAAAGUCUUUAAACCCUGGGCUGGACAGCAUAGGUGUGAGAGUGCCGGACUCUGAUUUCAUUCGGUUAAUUGCUCGUGGUUCACAGAGCGCCCUGGCCCUCACUAGUGCUAACCUUAGUGGGCAGUCUAGUAGCGUAGAUGUGAAAGAUUUUGAGAACCUUUGGCAGCAUUGUGCGUGCAUUUACAACGGCGGGGUGCUUCCUUCGGGACGUGCAGGAUCAACAGUGGUCGAUCUUACUAGGCCAGGGGAAUUCAAGAUUCUGAGACCGGGAAGUGCGAAGGAGGAGACAAUUGCAAUCCUUGAGAGAUAUGCUCUAGUAGAAGAAAAAUGUCUCUCAUGACCGCAUUCACAGUAUUACUCUUCUCUUCAUGUAUUCUACUAUUCAAUUUUUUUACAGAAUCAAUUCGAUUGCAAUACAUGCAUAAUAUUUAGUA